AGACAAUCAAAGAUCCCGGUAGAGGCGCGACUUGGUCGUGUUGUGUUGCCUAUUUUUUUUCUCUCCCCUCACAGAAACUCAGAGACGCAAGGAUGUUAUUAGAGCCCUGUCUAAAAGUGUGCUAAUUCCACGCAGGGUGUUGUCCUCCUGCUUUUCUUCACACUGUUGUCUCAUUUGAGGUUGAUACUGAAGUAGACGUCUCGGGGUAUUUUGCCUAUUCUUUUUUUUUUUUUUCUUUUACUUUUUCUAAGUUUCUUUAUGUAAUACGAUGACUGGAGUUUUUGACAGCUUAGCCACCGAUAUGCACGCGAACCAGAUUACCUCGAAUAAUUACCACGGCGUGCACAAGUCGCAGGAGUCGCCCACUUUACCGGUGUCCACUGCCACGGACAGUAGCUACUACACGAACCAGCAGCCGGGCCACUGCGGAGGCUCGCCUUAUGGACAGCUCAGUACCUACCAGUUCCACACCAACGCAAUGAACAGCGUACCUUACAGCUCCAAGUCCUACGAUCUCGGCUACAGCGGCUCUUACAGCUCCUACGGGCCGUACCCGUCCAGCUCUUCUCCAGCCCAUACGGACGCAGAAAAAGAGGACGGCGAGCCCGAAAUUAGAAUGGUUAACGGCAAGCCAAAGAAAGUAAGAAAACCCAGGACUAUUUACUCGAGUUUUCAGCUGGCAGCGCUUCAACGACGAUUUCAGAAGACGCAGUAUUUGGCACUGCCGGAAAGAGCGGAGCUGGCCGCCUCACUUGGCCUCACUCAGACUCAGGUAAAAAUCUGGUUUCAAAACCGACGGUCAAAGUUCAAGAAGCUUUGGAAAAGCGGGGAGAUCCCACCGGAGCAGCACGCAGGACCCAGCGAGUCUCCGCCAUGCAGCUCACCGCCGGCUGCCGUCACUUGGGACUUUCCUCAGAAUCAAAGGAUGAACAGUGUCAAUUCGAGCUUGUCUCAGAACAGCAGCCCCCCAAACACAACCGCCCCUUCUUUCUUGGGAAACUAUUCGUGGUACCCGUCCUCCAACACGUCCCCCCUGCAGCCGAACCCGCUGCUACAACACCAUCACAAUUCGGCGGUGAGCGCAGGAGCAAUAUUUUAAUCAAGCUGCCCCCUUCUUUCGUUUCUACAGACUGGGGAAAAGUGCCGAUGCAUACGACCGACCGCCCGCCCGCAACAACCAUUCCACCAUCUGCUUCUUUUCUUUCAGUUUGUAUUUUCAUGAUUUUUGGGUACAUGUUUAAGACUGAUGUGGCCACACUCUGCAGAUUUGAUCUGAAAGCGCCCAGCUCUGAAAGCUCUCCAAUCCGCCUUCAUGCUGCCAACAUUUUUGAAAGUCUUUCAGCCUUUUGUUUUGCGUCUUGUCUCCCGGAUUCCUCGCCCCGAUGUGCGGCUAAAACUCUAAAAGGAAAAUAGUAUUUAAAAAAAAGAAGACAUCCGAGGUCCAGACCGGCCACGUUGGGUUGAACCCUUUGUUGGGUUUAUUCAAACAAAAAAUAGAAUUGGGAAAAGACGGAGUGUGGCGAGAAUCUGAAGCGAGGCGCCUCCAUUUUUUUUGUUAAGUUAUUCAAGUCAAUGCAGGAAUUGCGAACAGCAAAAAUCACCGAUGUAGCAGAUUUUUUUUUUCAAAUUCUUUGUACUGAAAUAGGUGCCUUUUAAAAUGACCUCAAUGUUUGACUAUAAAAUGGACUUUUUAAAUGUAGAUACACAUGGUUGUUAAUUAAUUUUUAUAAAAUGUUAUACGAGGUUACCAUUUGAAUCCUGUAUACCGCCUAAAGGAUUUUGGUUUGUACAUAAAAGUCAUCUGUGCAGAUCUUCUGAUUUUUUUUUUCUGUGUAAAUUUGACGCAUCUGAAGCUGUAGAAACGCUCUUUGUAACCCACGUUCUAUUUUAUAAAGUUGCGCCCUAGAUGUGUUUGUUUCCUUUCAAGACAUUUUGUUUUUUCCGUCAUAUGGACGGCUGAAUAAAAUUAAGCUACUGAUCCCACCUACAGACUGACACCCCCCCCACCACCACACCCCACCCCUCCUCCAUGUUCAUGUAAGCAAAGUUUGUAAACAAAAUGUAUUUUUCCUUAUUUAUUAUGGAAACGACAUCUUUGCAGUGUUGCCUUUAUGAAAUGAAGAGAUUAUUUAAAUAAAAAUAAUUGUUUUCAGUCCACUCCUUGUA